AGUAGCAACGGCUCACUUUCCCACGACAAGAUAUCGCGGUUAGUUUGAUUGCAAAUUCAAAGUAUUUCUUUAGAAUUUAGCCAUGGCGAGCAGUACACAUUCAUUUUUGAGUCUUUGCGUUAGGGCAGCGGACGGUAAUGAUGAUAUUCCAGCACCGUUACACUCCACGCACCAAAUUCUAAUGGUGUGCGAUUUACUGGAAAUCAGUCCCCAGGUUAUUCCUAUCAACCCUAACAAGAUGAUUAAAGAAUUCCUGAACAUAAUCUCGUCCAGAAAGCUUCCAGCGCUGGUUUAUGGAUCAGACGAGCCGUACAAUGUUAUAGACGAAAGCACCGAGGAAAUUAUCGAGUUYCUGGAGAUGGCCAAUCAAAAGAUCGAUCCUAACCCMACGAAAAAGCUGACCAGUUCMAAYAAGGCUGCRCUAGAACUACAACGCCGGAAUUUCCUCUCAUCAUUUCGUAUGAUGAUGCGAAACAAAGAAAGAGAAGAAAAAGCCAAAGCAAACUUACUCAAUGAUCUACACUGGCUGGACAUCACUUUAACUGCACAAAACACCACCUUCCUGGACGGUGAAACCAUGAAAUUUCCAGACACCUAUUUGCUUCCCAUUCUGCACUUGAUACGAAUCGCUGGAAAAGCCAAAAAUUUCGAGAUACCUGAGAAAUUCACUCGGGUUUGGAGCUAUCUCAUGGCGGCCGAUAAUGUACCAGCUUUUGCUAAUCACAAGCCUAGUGACAAAGAAGUAAUMCAUCAUUGGAGUCGCUAAGUUAUGUCGUUAUUGACAGCGUCAAUAUCGUAUUCUUCUAUAAUGACAUCGGCGAAAUGCAUUGUGGGAAUGUCUAAAGUACCUUAUUCAUACAAAUUUUCAUGAAAGGUUGCGAAAUCACAGAAAAGCAUAUUUAAUGGACAUAAAUUUUGCGUUUUCGCCAGCUAAGAAGGAAACUAAGAAGGGCAUGAAAUGUAAUAGAGUUUUUCACGUAAAUGGUUUUUGGAUAUGCUUUAAACAAAACGGCAAAUAUCGCUAAUAUAAUUGCGAAAAUUUGUGAAAAUGAGGUACAGAGUAAGCUAUGUUGCUGUCGACAACCGCUGAUCAGAGAAAUAAAUAUAAUUAAAAGCAGAAGGGAUCAAAUUAAAUUAUCUUUGUCGAUGCUUUUAAUAAACAGUUUCUCAUGGAAUUAUGGUAUGGAACUAUAAUUUGUAGUGUAAUUUUCGCCUUUGUAGUCAUCAUUUGUAUUGGGAAAUUAUUUUACCAAUGAUAUUAAAGCUUUUAAGCUUUAUUAAAAAAGGGUAAAAAAAGAAAAAAAAGGGUAUGGUCAUUUUCCAUGAAAAAUCCAAAACACGACGACCGCAUUGAAUGGCGGUUGACCAUGGACCUUUAACAUUUCGUUUUAGUUUUAGUAAACGCCAGAAGAUAACACGAACGACACAACGAAUGAGCUUUAUUCGUGAACACUACAAAAAUGGAGGACACGAUAACAACCAGAAAAACAGUCAGGCGUCACUCACGUGAGCGCGCGCAUAAAACUAAACUAGAGUCCGCAGGUAGUAGUAACCUGCUGGCGAAAUGUAAUACAGCAAUCUAUAUGCUUUUGUAAAUUAAAACGAUAACAGCUUUCUAUGGAUUCAUCUAGAUAUGAUAUUGAAAUAGAAAAUAAAAAAGAAAAUUCUAUAGUUCAUACAUUUUGACAAGGAGUCCACAGGCAGCCUUCUCCUUCAAACUUGAAUAAAAAUUCUCGAAAACUCUAAA